AGCAAGGAAAAUCUCAUACUACUAAUUUGAAAUUUAAGAAAAAAAGGAAGGCGAAUCGUAGACGGGAAAUUGUUCUUUUGCCGCUCUCGGACGAAUCGUCUGUGUAUUAGUAGUUUGAUUCUCUUCACCACGGUGUCGGUACGAUUGAAGCUCCUCCCUCCAAGAGCCUUCGUACAGAGACGUUUCUGCUGAAAUUUCAAGCAAGUGUGUUUGUCAGAUGGAGCGGUAUGAAGUCUUGGAGCAGAUCGGGAAAGGGUCCUUUGGCUCUGCUCUUCUUGUUAGACACAAACAAGAACGCAAGAAAUACGUUUUGAAAAAGAUUCGUCUCGCCCGCCAGUCUGAUAGGGCUCGACGAUCAGCUCAUCAGGAGAUGGAGCUCAUUUCUACUGUCCGCAAUCCAUUUGUUGUCGAGUACAAAGAUUCAUGGGUUGAAAAGGGUUGCUAUGUGUGCAUUGUUAUUGGAUAUUGCCAAGGCGGGGACAUGACAGAUACCAUCAAAAGAGCAUGUGGUGUUCAUUUUCCUGAGGAGAAAUUAUGCCAAUGGCUUGUCCAACUAUUAAUGGCCCUCGAUUAUCUUCACUCCAACCAUAUUCUUCACCGCGAUGUCAAGUGUUCUAACAUAUUCUUGACAAAAGAGCAAGACAUACGGCUUGGUGACUUUGGACUCGCUAAGAUUCUAACUUCUGAUGACCUUACAUCCUCUGUUGUUGGAACUCCAAGCUACAUGUGUCCUGAGCUUCUUGCUGACAUACCUUACGGAUCAAAGUCAGACAUUUGGUCGUUGGGAUGCUGCAUGUAUGAAAUGGCUGCUCAUAAACCUCCUUUCAAAGCUUCCGAUGUGCAGACACUGAUCACCAAAAUACACAAGUUGAUAAUGGAUCCUAUUCCCGCCAUGUAUUCCGGCUCAUUCCGAGGCCUUAUUAAAAGCAUGUUGAGGAAAAAUCCUGAACUCAGGCCAAGCGCUAACGAGCUGCUUAACCAUCCUCAUCUUCAGCCUUACAUCAGUAUGGUUUAUAUGAAGCUAGAGAGCCCCAGAAGAAGCACUUUUCCACUCCAAUUUUCUGAGAGGGACGCUACAUUGAAGGAAAGAAGGCGUUCAUCAUUCAGCAACGACAGGAGAUUGAAUCCGAGUGUCUCUGAUACAGAAGCAGGUUCUGUUUCUUCUUCAGGAAAAGCAUCUCCUACACCAAUGUUUAAUGGAAGAAAAGUGUCAGAAGUAACUGUGGGAGUCGUCAGAGAAGAAAUUGUUCCUCAACGGCAAGAGGAAGCCAAGAAGCAAUCAGGUGCAGCCAGAACACCAAGAGUGGCUGGGACCUCAGCUAAAGCAAGCACGCAGCGUACUGUUUUUAAACAUGAACUAAUGAAGGUAUCGAAUCCUACAGAGAGGAGAAGGAGAGUAUCUCUGCCGUUGGUCGUGGAAAAUCCUUACACUUAUGAAUCAGAUAUUACAGCUCUUUGUUCCCUAAAUUCACCGGAUGUUUCUGUAAACACUCCAAGAUUCGACAAGAUCGCUGAAUUCCCUGAAGAUAUCUUCCAAAACCAAAACAGAGAGACAGCGUCAAGAAGAGAAGUAGCUAGGCACUCUUUUUCUUCUCCUCCUUGUCCGCCUCAUGGUGAGGACAAUUCCAACGGUUCGAUCACAAAGGACAAGUGUACUGUACAGAAAAGGUCAGUUUCGGAGGUAAAACAGAGAAGGUUCGACACGUCAUCGUAUCAGCAGCGUGCGGAGGCUCUGGAGGGACUGCUGGAGUUCAGUGCAAAGCUUUUGCAGCAGGAACGGUACGAUGAGCUCGGGGUUCUGCUUAAACCCUUUGGAGCCGAGAGGGUGUCUUCGAGGGAGACGGCCAUCUGGUUGACCAAGAGCUUCAAAGAAGCUUCCGUGUAGAUGAAGCAACCAUAACAAACGCUCUAUCUCUUCUUCUCUUGGCUUGCUUUUGUCCUGUGUGGUUUGUAUAUAAAUAAAAACGACGACGCAUUCGGUUCUCAUUGCUUAAAUGUUUAUCCGAAAGCUUGCAGUUUGGGCCUUGUUGGGCCAAUUCGUUAGUGGAUUUGUUUGGACAUUUUGAAUUUGGUGGAAAAUGUUUGGGUCGUUUCGUAGAGGUUGAGAAAAAAG